CAAUUCUUGAGCGUCCGUUUGCCAAUGCGCAUGCGCGGAGCGGCUGCUGCGGGGGAGUGAAACAUGUCAACUUCAGGGAUCAGCUACAAACCUGUGAGCCAUGUCAUCUUCGACAUGGAUGGAUUAUUGCUGGACACGGAGCGACUUUACACGGUAUCUUUCCAGGAAAUAUGCGACCGCUUCGGAAAGCAGUACACUUGGGACGUGAAGUCGUCUGUGAUGGGGAAAAAGGCUCUGGAUGCAGCCCAGAUUAUCCGGGAUUCUUUGGGGCUUCCCUUGACAGCUGAGGAACUUCUGAGGGAAAGCAGACAGAUACAGGAGAGGAUAUUUCCGUCGGCCAAACUCCUGCCGGGCGUGGAGAAACUUGUGAACCAUCUGAAGAAGCACAGCAUCCCCAUUGCCGUGGCAACCAGCUCAGCCGGCGUGUCGUUCAAACUGAAGACCGUUGAACACAAAGACUUCUUUGCUCUGUUUGAUCACAUUGUUCUGGGCGACGAUCCUGACGUAAAUAACGGCAAACCUCAGCCCGAUUCCUUUCUGGUGUGUGCCAGCAGAUUCAGCCCCCCGGCCUCCCCAGAGAAGUGCCUGGUGUUUGAAGAUGCCCCCAAUGGUGUAAAGGCUGCGAUAGCUGCAGGGAUGCAGGUGGUGAUGAUUCCCGAUGACAACCUGGCCCCCAGUCUUACCCAGGGGGCCACACUGCGCCUGAGGAGCAUGGAGGAAUUUGACCCACAGCUCUUUGGCCUGUCGGCGUACAACUAAACAACACAAAGCAGCACUGUUCCAGCCUUUGUGCUUGGGUUCAUUCUCUCUCUACUAUUUUGAUAUUUUGUUGAAGCCUUAACUUUUGGGUGAUUAAGGAUUGUGUGUUUUAUUUUGCUGGUAAAAUCUAUUUUAUUGCCAUCUUAAUAUCAGCCUAUGGGCUUCAUGUACUCUCUGAAGUUGAUGACCUUUAGCCACUUCAUCAACGCGUGGUUCAAUGACAGCUAAGUCACCAGAAUCUUCAGAUGUUCUCAGGAACUUCUCAGGAAGACAGAUGUUCUUUAGCAGCUAAACAGUCCUACUUGGGAUGUUUAAAGUUGGUUUCAACAAGUUUGUCGUUUUUAUUGCACACCACAGUUUCAUUCUUUAUUAAACUUCUUCUUACAACAA